GGGAGGAGAAAGAAAGAAGGGAAGGGAGAGGGAGAAAAGGAGAGAGAGGGAGAUUGAUCAUUUAAACGUCCUGGGCCCUGUGUUCACGGAAGAAAUACCUACAUUCCAACUAUCUGUGCUUUGCCCCCCCUCCCCCAAAUCGCUUUCACAUUUCAGCGGACUGAAAGAGACUCGAGGGCUGAUUCCCCGCUGCAACCCCCACCUCGUUUUCCUUUCUUUCUUAUAUGGGUUAUUUUCACCCAGGAGACGUGCUACCACCACUACCACCACCACCACAUCUACCAGCAGGAGCAGCAGGAGCAGCAGCAGUGUAGGAAUAUCUCCCCAUAUCCCAUCCCGGGCACGUCGGAUCAGCCGCAGCAGCAAAAACACGAGGCGAUCAUUGCGGUGGACUGGAAGAGGAGAACAUGCACCGCGGGAUCUCACUCCACUCACCCCGGCUGGGAGUCAGUCUGGGCUUGUUAUGGGGGUGACCGGAAGGAGAGAGUGACAGAGGAACAGUGAUGCCACUGUUUACAUAAUGACACAUUCACACACAUGCAUCAACACACAUAUAUACCCACAGACAUGCAUGCAGGCUCAUAUUGCCAGUCCGGGACACACACGCUCACUUAAACUCUCCAGCACAUACAUACGUACACUCACAGGGACUCAGUGACUGAGUCACUGCACACUCAGAGGCAAAGACUCACUGACUCACAUGCAGACACAUACACAAGGGGAAAAGGUUGCUCUCAAGAGACAGGACUGCGUGCAGUGUGUGUUAUGGGCCAAGCUGAGCAGCAGCUGUGCGUUAGAGUUGGAUACCUCUGAGGGGUCAGCAUAGACGUAACCCUCAACCUGCCUCCAGCAUCCUCCCCCCUCCUUCUCCUAGUUUUCUGCCUAAUCAAACCGUCAUGUCUGAGCUGAGGACCAGCAGAACCAUCCCUCUCUCCCCCUUCUCCUCCCCACUUGGAUUUCCAUCCCUCCUCCUUUCCCUUUGCUUCUCCCUUUCUCUCCAGCCGACCUCUUUGUUGGCUGAGCAGACAGUGCCUGUUGUUUCCACGGCGCAGGGCCGCAUUCGUGGCAUCCUGACCCCUCUGCCCUCGGACCUUCUGGGGCCUGUCAUCCAGUACCUGGGAGUACCAUAUGCAAGGCCACCAACUGGGGAUCGCCGCUUCCAGGCACCUGAGCCGCCUCUGCCGUGGCCUGGAAUACGAAAUGUGACACAGUUUGCUCCAGUGUGCCCGCAGGCUUUGGAUGAGAGGAGCAUGCUGGGAGAUAUGAUGCCAUCCUGGCUCACUGCAAACCUGGAUAUAGCAGCAACUUACCUCACUCAUCAGAGUGAGGAUUGUCUCUACCUCAACAUCUACGUACCCACAGAGGAAGACAUCCAUGAGGAGGGGGGUCAGCGGCCAGUGAUGGUCUACGUCCACGGAGGCUCGUAUUCUGAAGGCACCGGGAACAUGAUGGAUGGCAGUGUGCUCGCAAGCUAUGGCAAUGUCAUUGUCAUAACCCUCAACUAUCGCCUUGGAGUUUUAGGAUUUCUCAGCACAGGUGACCAGGCAGCAAAAGGGAACUACGGCUUGCUCGAUCAGAUUCAGGCUCUGCGCUGGGUGAAGGAGAACAUUGCAUCCUUUGGUGGCGAUCCAAGCAGGGUCACCGUGUUUGGAUCUGGUGCUGGUGCAUCAUGCGUUAGCCUCCUCACCUUGUCCCACUACUCUGAAGAUCUGUUUCACAGAGCCAUUAUCCAGAGUGGCAGCGCUUUAGCCAGUUGGGCUGUCAACUACCAGCCAAGCAAAUAUGCCCGGCAGCUUGGCGAGAGGGUUGGCUGUGGCAUUGAUGAUAGCACUCAAUUGGUCACCUGCCUCCAGGGCCGGAGUUUCCGUGAACUUGUGGAGCAGAACAUUACUCCGGCCAAAUAUCACACUGCUUUUGCCCCGGUGAUUGAUGGCGACGUUAUACCUGAUGACCCUCAGAUUUUGAUGGAGCAGGGAGAGUUUUUGAACUAUGAUGUGAUGUUGGGGGUCAACCAAGGGGAAGGCGUGAAGUUUGUGGAGGGAAUUGUGGACUCUGAGGACGGUGUCACAGCCGAGGACUUUGACUUUGCCGUGUCAGACUUUGUGGAUAGUCUGUAUGGUUACCCGGAAGGCCGAGAUACACUAAGAGAGAGCAUACGGUUCAUGUACACUGACUGGGCAGAUCGCGACAACGCAGAAACUCGUCGAAAGACAUUGGUAGCACUUUUUACAGAUCACCAAUGGGUGGCGCCAGCCAUUGCUACAGCGGAUCUCCAUGCACAGUAUGGGUCUCCUACCUACUUCUACUCCUUUUACCACCACUGCCAGAGUGAUGCCACGCCACCUUGGGCUGAUUCUGCCCAUGGUGAUGAGGUGCCCUACGUGUUCGGCGUGCCCAUGGUGGGUCCCACCGAUCUGUUCAACUGUAACUUCUCCAAGAACGACGUGAUGCUGAGCGCAGUGGUAAUGACUUACUGGACCAACUUCGCCAAGACCGGGAAUCCAAACCAGCCAGUUCCUCAAGACACCAAGUUCAUCCACACAAAGCCCAAUCGCUUUGAAGAAGUUGCUUGGUCUAAAUACACCCCCAAAGAGCAACUGUACCUUCACAUCGGCCUCAAGCCGCGUGUCAGAGACCACUACCGCGCCACCAAGAUCUCCUUCUGGCUCCAGCUUGUUCCUCACUUGCAUCAUGUGAAUGAACUCUUGCAAUCUGUUUCCUCCUUCACACACAGUCCCUCUCCACAAGACGAUACGCCUUAUUCCUACACCAAGCGUCUAUCCAAAGGUUGGCCUCCUAUAAGCACACGUCAUCCAAGUUCGCAAGGGGGAACGCCACAGCCUCCGGAGUCCGCUUUGGGCCAGGAUGGAGGAGAAAGUGGAGUUCGGAUCCCAAAUGAGGACUAUUCGACUGAACUCUCAGUUACAAUAGCAGUAGGAGCAUCGCUGCUGUUUCUCAAUAUUCUUGCAUUCGCGGCUCUGCUUUAUAAGAAAGAUAAAAGACGUCUUGAGCAUAGAAGACCACGUCCGCUGCCUCCACCUAGAAGAGACAUAACGCCUGCAGAUGUUGCAGCCCACCUGCAGGGGGAGGGACUGAUGUCAUUGCAGGUGAAGCAGCUGGAGUGUGAUGUCGCGUCAGCGGACGAGAGAAACAACGCCCACCACCAUCAUACUUUGGACACGCUUGAUGCCCUGGACGGUUUGGACACCCAGGACAUUUACAGCACACUGGACACUGUGCGACUCACCUGUCCACCUGAUUAUACCCUAACCUUGCGCCGCUCUCCAGAUGACGUUCCCCUCAUGACCUCCUUGACCCCGGGCUCGCUGCCCGUGACCCCGGGGUCACACCCUGUUACUCCUGCAACACCAAUGACCCCAAUGACACCAGGAUCGGUGGCUGGGAUGAGGAUGGGCCACCCUCACCAGGGAUACACACACCAUAGCCCGUAUAGUAAUACACACUUACCCCACACACACAUCUCCACACACACACACUCCACCACACGUGUAUAACCGCAGCCAGACACUGACAAACACACAGAUCUACAGCUCACAAUCCACACAAGCACACAUGCAUAUUCACACACAUGCAUAAACAGACUGAAAUACCUCUAAUAAUUACCCUGCAGGAUUGUUACAAAUUGAACCACAGAGAGACCUCUUUCAGAAUGAGAAGGCAGACGUGUGUGUGUGUGUGUUGCACGUUGGGAAACUGCAGUUAAACUGGGUUCCCCAGAGACACAACUCUGUGCAACCCAGUAUGUCAAGACCUGCUCUGGAUUUUAAAUCAGCUUUUUCUACACCUGAGGAAGAAGAUAAAGGGUGCGUGGGUCAGUUCUGGUUCUCUACUACCACGCCCGAGUGACUGUCCUGGGAGUGAGGAGAGCAGACGCAGAUUUAGAAAUGAGUCGAGAAGUACCACACACAGACUGCUGAUGUCAACUUGAACAACCUGUUAAAAUGUGAAUGUAGCAUUUUUUUCCAUUAAAAUAGAUCAAAGGCCCUAUCUGCCAAGGAUCCAACUAAGCUAAGAUGGAAAGAAAAGAAAAAAAAAAGCAAGGGACGAUUGCAAAAAAAAAAAAAAAGAUUUAGAAGACAAGUUGAAGGGAAAAAAGUAAGGGAGAUAAAGAUUUUAUUGAGUGAGAUUUGACAGGAAGGAAAGAGGAUAGCGAUAUAAAAAACAACAUGGAAAGUAUGCCAAAAGACAGAGGUUAGAUUCAGAUGAAGAACGGGCCUGUGAAGCGUUGCCAGACUCCCUGAGGAGUCACUCUAACCAGCUAUGUGUCAAACUCUUGUAAAUAGAAUGGAAAGAUACAGAUAUAUUAUGAUUUAUAGCAUUUAACUGCUACUUGCAUUAAAACAUGACUUAUUUAACCAUAUUAUUGCUUUCAUUUCAGAUAUUAAUAUAUUAUUGUAUAGAUGUCCUAAAGCAAGGCUGGUUGUCUUUCCAUCUCACCUGCUGUGAUAUUUACACAGUACGUUGAUAUAAAAGCUACAUUUGCUAUGCAGAAUCAUUUUAGAAAUUUUAUUUUAUUUUUUACCUAUGUGACCAUAUAGAUACUUGUUCAGCAGCUGAACUAUAUAAUAUUUACACAUCAUCCUGCCACUUUUUUAUUUCAACAUUGAUCAAUGAGCUGGUACUGUGUAAAUAAUGCAAUAUUGGUUUGAUGAUUAAGCACCAGCCAAAAAAACAAACAAACAAAAAAAAAAAACAUUAACCCUUUGACCCUUUAUCCUGUUGUCCCUGAUUGUUCUUACAUGAUUUUCUUUUCUGAACCCCAACUCAUAAUGAGGUUUUUGAAAGACAGACAGAUGGUGAUGAUUAAAGGGGCCCAGCAUUUUGUGGGAUGUCUAAAAAACUCAAUGAGGCAUUAUUUCUUGUAUAAGAUCUUUAAAAGGUAAUUAAAUCUAUGAAACGUCUUCACUUUUUUUUUGUUACAACCACAAACUUUUAAAAAAAAUAUUUUAAUGACAUUUUACAGGGUAGUACAUCAUUGGAAAGUGGAAGUGUGGACUUUUGACAACUUUUGAGGAAUUUACAGCUGUAAAAGCUUAGCACAAAUGGAAACCUUUUGUUGUUUUAUGUAAUUGUUUUUGUCCAUAUUUCUAUACAAAACAGCUUAAAUUUGAUGAACCAUUUGUAACCAUCAGGUUUUAAGCCCAUGGAUUCUCACUUGGAUUUACAUCUGGGCUUUGACUGGGUCGUUUUAUCACAUUGAUAUGAUUUGAUGCAAUUACAUAUUACAUAUCAGUUUACAUAUUACCAUUGGCUGCUUCUCAGAUCAAUGCUGUUUUGCUGUUGGUUUAGAUGAAGUUUGCACUCUAGAUUUUAUUUGGAGGUACAAAAGUAAAUGUGGAUCUGCAGUUGUUCCUUGAAAGAAAAAAAAUAAUUAAUUCAUAAAAUGUCUUCCAUUUUACAAUUUUGAACAACUUUGUGUUAUGUUAUAGUAAAGUAUUUUAAACGUUGUGGUUUUAACAUAAAAAUGUACAGAUACUUCUGAAAGGCACUGUGCCCUUGAAAUUUAUACUUCACGAAGAGCCGCUGUUUUUCCAAGUUGUUCCCUUGAUUAAACUACCUUCUGCUGACAAAAAAAAUCCUGGCCCUGAUUAAAAAAAACUUCCCUAAAAUCAAUUUUUUACAGCUUGAAGUUAGGUUUACUUUCCAUGACCUUGGUUUGGAGCAAGCUUUGAUUAAUGAGGUGAAGAUAAAGUAGCUUUGGGUUAUAAUGAGAGCAACGCAACACUAUAGAAAAACAAGGCUCCAAACAUGCUGCUUCCUAAGCCUUAAUAGACUCAAACAGGAUCAUUUUUUUAAUUAAAAAUGUUGAAUUAAAACAAAUCUAUCUCUGAAAUUCUGACCGUCAUCUUGUGGACAUAAUGACAUUACUGAGUUUUUUUUGUUGUUGACUUCACUGUGAGUGUAGGAGGGCCAUGGUUGUUACUGGUCUUUGUCAUUAGCAAUAGAGAUCAAGCAUUUAUCAAAUCCAUUACAAACAAUUUUCAUGCAUAAGUAAAGUAUUUAACUUAAAGAGCUCCCAUGGAGACCACAUAUAAGCCUUUUGCUGUGCUCCAGUUAACCAAAAUGAUAAUAGGACCCGUAAUGAUUUCAAAUCCAGUAACUCAACCAAGUGCCCGAGCUAAGGUUUUGCAGCAUUUAUGUAUUAUCCUGCAUUUGUUUCCCAGCCCUUUUACGUCAUCCAACUUUAGUUCAGUCCGUCCAUCCCUUCUCCUUCCCAGCCUCAACAUGUGUGACCACAAGCAGCUUUGUCACCUAUAUAAUCUCUGCUCAUUCUAAGUAACUUCCUCAUUAGUUUUCCUCAGAGUUUUUUUUAGUCACUUGUUAACCGAAUAUGUGAAAAAUUUGAAAUUGCUGAAAACUUUGUGGCAAACAAAGAACUUUUACAAAAUGAUAGAAAAAUCAUAUUUAAAGGAUGUUUGGAUGAAUAUUUGUUUCUUCUAAUGGGUUUGCCGUCUCAGCGGACGGAUGGCGUGUGACUAGCCUAAAACAUUUCUGCUGCAUUUUUGAAAAAUAAAAAUAUCAGUAUUUUACAAUUUUUGUGCAUUUUA